ACAUUUCGUGUAUGUGUGUGUUAUUAGAUUGAUUUGAUUUAAGUAACUCAAAACUGUUAUUUCUUAUCGCAUGUUGCAAGAAACAACACUCAAACUCACUCACUCAAACAUAUACACUAAACAUACGCUUUUCACAAUAAAAACGUCGGUGUGCAAUCAUGAAUAAAAACAAUCUGGAAUUCGAUGUUGUUUCCGUGGAUCAAAAGAAUUUAGAAUCGUUGAUUGUGUUUCAAGUCCAACAAAUCAGUUCCUUUGUUCGCCGUAUAUCCGUUGGACAGUUUAUCAAAUCAUCACCGUUCGAAUUGCAGUUUCCAAUAUCGAUUGGCCGGUCAAAAUGGAUUUUAUUUCUAUUUCUGAAUGGACAGUACGAGGCCGGUGAAGCGAAUGAAAUGAUUAGCAUUUAUCUGAUGCUUGAUCAGUGUGAACACCAGUCAGCCGAAUUUAAGUUCGACGUGAAAUUCCAAUUCGGAGAAAGCGCUACGGUUGUACGGAAAAAUCAACGUCUGUGUUUCGAGAGCGUUAAAGAGCGAUGGUUUGGUGCUAAUAUCAUGAAAAUUACUGAUAUGAUUCUCAAUGACAGUCGAUUAAUUCGGGAUGACGUUCUUACGCUGACAGUGUCUUUGAACGAAAUCUUGAAGGAAGAGCCCUGUUCAUCACCGGAAUUGUUUUCUGAUAACAAUUACUCAUUCUUGUCGGAGUCUUACCUUAAAAGUGAGAACAAGUAUACCGAUCCGCCUGACAGAUCUACAAAACCUGUGUCGCCGGCGCAAAAGUCUAAUAAGAGCAUGUUCAGGGAAGAGCCUUACGCUAGAGCUCUUCUGUUGCAUAAAACUUCCAACACACCAUCUCCUGGAAAUUCCCCUCAAUCAACAGCAACCUAUAACACUUGGAACACUCCGACAACUAGGACUAAGUCCGAUAAUGCAAUUGCUUCCACAAAUGAAACGGGUCAAGCGUAUCGCAGAGAUAGAUUGCGCGAUAGUAAUUUGAAUUACGUCGAAUAUUCCGAUGACGAGGAUGCCAAAUCAAGUGAAUCGAAGAAAGGAAUUAGAGAUUAUCUGAGAAAUUUUUUCGCAAAACUGAAUUAGGCCAAAUCUCGUCCGCAUUCCAUUCCCCGAAGCAAUGUGAUACGUCGAAUCGUGAGUAUUGUGUGCACAUACCAAUAAAUAAACCAAAUAUUUUGUAACUGAUGUAAGCCUUUAAGAGAUUAUCGGAGAAAGGAAUUUGUUUUGUAAAAGCUCUGGCACGAAAUAAAAAUUUUAAAAUGUAAAACGAGGUGCUAAUGAUUGAAA